AGGGAAAUAGUAAAUAAGUGUGGAAUUUUUGUGUUGCUCACUCUCAGUCUCUGCUUUUUCUCGUUCUCUCUCCUUUUAUCUUCUCUCUUACGAAAUCCAUUGCUGCCUCCAAGAUCUCCUCCAAUUCGCUCUUUCUCUCUACCUCUCCACUUUCUCUCUCUUCAGCUGCCUCUCUUCGCAUUCAUGAAGAUCGCCGCCUCUGCGAUUUCCGAGGGGGCUUUCUAUUUUUGAUCGGCUCUGAGUUAGAUCUGGAGAGGGAGAGGGAUCUGGUUUGAUUUGUUUUGAGAAUCUUGAAGUGCAGCGAAGCUGGCGGCAACACUGGCGUGGAGGUUUGCUGCCAGCAACGGCCUUGCUGCUAAUGAUAUGGAAAGAAAUGGGGAUGCAAAACUUCAAGAUUCUGAGCCUCCAACUCCACAUUCCAUUAUAAAGAUGGGUUUGAGGGAGCGUAGUAGCAGCAUGGAGGAUCCAGAUGGGACAUUAGCUAGUGUUGCUCAAUGCAUCGAACAGUUGCGGCAGAAUUCUUCAUCUUCACAAGAAAAAGAACAUUCCCUGAAGCAGUUGCUGGAACUCAUUAAUACCCGUGAAAAUGCUUUUAGUGCUGUUGGAUCUCACUCUCAGGCGGUUCCAGUGCUUGUUUCUCUUCUCCGAUCAGGAUCACUUGGAGUGAAGAUGCAGGCUGCUAAUGUUUUAGGCUCUCUCUGUAAAGAGAAUGAAUUAAGGGUAAAAGUCUUGCUUGGUGGUUGCAUCCCUCCACUGCUUGGUCUCCUUAGGUCUAGCUCUGCAGAAGGUCAAAUUGCAGCUGCAAAGACCAUUUAUGCUGUUUCUCAAGGUGGCACAAGGGACUAUGUUGGAUCAAAAAUAUUUUCUACUGAAGGAGUUGUCCCAGUGCUAUGGAAGCAACUAGAAAAUGGGCUGAAAGCUGGAAAUUUGGUUGAUAAUUUAUUGACUGGAGCUUUAAAAAACCUUUCCUGCAGCACUGAAGGAUUUUGGGCUGCAACAGUACAAGCUGGGGGAGUGGAUAUACUUGUGAAGUUGCUUAAAACUGGACAGGCAAGCACUCAAGCAAAUGUGUGCUUUCUUCUUGCAUGUAUGAUGAUGGAAGAUGUAUCUGUGUGUUCUAGGGUGUUGGCUGCAGAGGCUACAAAACAACUCCUCAAGCUAUUAGCACCUGGUAAUGAAGCUUCUGUGAGAGCAGAAGCUGCAGGUGCUCUUAAAUCUCUUUCUGCUCAGAACAAAGAAGCAAGGCGGGAGAUAGCUAAUUUUGGUGGUAUACCUGCUUUAAUAAAUGCUACAAUUGCUCCAUCAAAGGAAUUCAUGCAAGGUGAGCAUGCCCAAGCAUUGCAGGAGAAUGCAAUGUGUGCUCUUGCAAACAUUUCUGGUGGUUUGUCAUUUGUCAUCUCAAGCCUUGGUCAAAGCCUUGAAUCAUGCGCUUCUCCUGCACAGACUGCUGAUACAUUGGGGGCUUUGGCGUCAGCUCUUAUGAUAUACGAUAGCAAAGCGGAAUCUACUAGAGCAUCAGAUGCUGUGGUUAUUGAGCAGACAUUGAUUAAUCAGUUUAAACCUCACUUACCAUUUCUUGUGCAAGAACGUACCAUAGAAGCCCUAGCUAGUUUGUAUGGAAAUCCCAUACUUUCAGAUAAACUUGCAAAUUCUGAUGCAAAACGGCUGUUGGUAGGUCUGAUCACAAUGGCAGCCAAUGAAGUUCAGGAUGAGCUGGUAAGAUCUCUUCUCAUAUUGUGCAACAAUGGAGGCAGUCUAUGGCGUUCACUUCAAGGUCGUGAGGGUGUUCAGCUGUUGAUAUCUCUUCUUGGGCUUUCAUCAGAACAGCAGCAAGAAUGUGCAGUUGCGUUGCUUUGCCUUCUAUCUAAUGAAAAUGAUGAAAGCAAAUGGGCUAUCACUGCUGCUGGUGGCAUACCUCCACUUGUACAAAUUCUAGAGACAGGGUCUGCAAAAGCCAAGGAAGAUUCUGCAACAAUCCUUGGGAACCUCUGUAAUCAUAGCGAAGAUAUACGGGCAUGUGUUGAAAGUGCUGAUGCUGUCCCUGCUUUAUUAUGGCUUUUGAAGAAUGGGAGCUCAAAUGGGAAAGAAAUUGCAGCAAAGACAUUGAACCAUUUAAUCCAUAAAUCAGAUACAGCUACUAUUAGCCAACUCACUGCAUUAUUAACCAGUGAUUUACCUGAAUCCAAAGUUUAUGUCUUGGAUGCCCUAAAAAGUAUGCUGUCCGUGGCUCCCAUCCAUGAUAUACUACAUGAAGGCAGUGCUGCAAAUGAUGCAAUUGAGACGAUGAUAAAAAUAUUGAGCUCCACCAGAGAAGAAACUCAGGCUAAGUCUGCAUCAUCUCUGGCUGGGAUCUUUAACCUUAGGAAGGACUUGCGUGAAAGUAGCAUUGCUAUUAAGACUCUCUGGUCAGUCAUGAAGCUGCUAAAUGUUGAAUCUGACAACAUCUUAGUGGAGUCCUCUUGUUGUCUUGCCUCAAUAUUUCUUUCAAUUAAAGAGAACCGGGAUGUGGCUGCUGUUGCUAGAGAUGCAUUGUCCCCCUUAAUCAUUCUUGCUAAUUCUGAUGUUCUGGACGUUGCAGAGCAGGCAACAUGCGCUUUGGCCAAUCUUCUUUUGGAUCAUGAAGUUGCAGAGAAAGCUAUUCCUGAAGAAAUCAUUGUUCCUGCUACCAGGGUUUUGCAUGAAGGAACAGUUUCUGGGAAGGCCCAUGCUGCAGCAGCAAUUGCUCGCCUACUCCAUUCUCGCCAAAGUGAUUAUGUAUUAACUGAUUGUGUGAACCGUGCUGGAACAGUUCUGGCAUUAGUUUCUUUUCUGGAAUCUGCUAGCAGUGGAUCUUUUGCAACAUCUGAGGCACUAGAUGCACUUGCUUUUCUGUCAAGAUCAGAAGGAGCUAGUGGGCCACUCAAACCUGCUUGGGCUGUUUUAGCUGAAUUUCCAGACCGCAUAACCCCAAUUGUUUUUUGCAUUGCUGAUGCAGCACCCAUGUUGCAGGAUAAGGCUAUUGAAAUUUUAUCACGGCUUUGCCGGGAUCAACCUGUUGUUCUAGGAGAUAAAAUAGCUUGUGCCACUGGAUGCAUUUCAUCCAUUGCUAUGAGGGUGAUCAAUUCGAGGAACAUGAAGGUGAAAAUUGGGGGAACAGCACUUCUUAUCUGUGCUGCAAAAGUCAAUCAUCAGAGGGUGCUAGAAGAUCUCAAACAAUCAAGCUCAAACGGCCAUCUUGUUCAAUCUCUUGUUUCGAUGCUUAAAUCCCCUCAGUCUUAUUCUUUAGGAGUCCAGGGGGAUAAUGAGAAGGAUGCCAUAAGCAUUUACCGGCAUCCUAAAGAAGAGGCCAGGAAUGACGAACUUGAGAAAAGCACAACAGUUAUUUAUGGUGCCAACACAGCUACAUGGCUACUCUCGGUUCUUGCUUGUCAUGACGACAAAAGCAAAAUUGCAAUUAUGGAGGCUGGAGCAGUUGAAGUCCUCACAGACAAAAUUUCUCAAUGUUUUCCGCUAUAUGCACAGAUUGAUUUUAAAGAAGAUAGCAGCAUAUGGAUUUGUGCUUUACUGCUAGCAAUUUUGUUUCAAGAUAGAGAUAUCAUAAGGGCACCUGCAACCAUGAAAUCCAUACCAGUACUUGCCAAUUUGUUGAAAUCGGAGGAGUCAUCAAACAGAUAUUUUGCUGCCCAGGCAAUGGCGAGUCUCGUCUGUAAUGGUAGCAGGGGGACUCUUCUAUCUGUUGCAAACUCUGGUGCAGCAGGUGGUCUUAUUUCAUUACUUGGCUGUGCGGAUGUUGAUAUCUAUGAUCUCCUGGAAUUGUCAGAAGAGUUUGCUUUGGUGCGUUAUCCAGAGCAGGUUGCUCUUGAAAGGUUGUUUAGAGUUGAUGACAUUAGGGUUGGUGCUACUUCUCGUAAAGCAAUACCUGCCCUUGUUGAUCUACUCAAACCAAUUCCAGAUCGUCCAGGGGCCCCUUUUCUAGCGCUCGGACUUCUGAUCCAGCUUGCAAAAGACUGUCCAUCAAAUAAUAUUGUAAUGGUUGAAUCAGGGGCUUUGGAAGCAUUGACUAAGUACCUUUCACUUGGUCCACAAGAUGCCACUGAGGAAGCCGCUACUGAUUUAUUGGGAAUCCUAUUUAGCAGUGCAGAAAUACGAAGGCAUGAAUCUGCAUUUGGUGCUGUCAGUCAACUUGUAGCGGUAUUACGUCUAGGUGGAAGAGCUGCGAGGUAUAGUGCUGCUAAAGCAUUGGAAAGCCUAUUUUCCUCUGACCAUAUUAGGAGUGCAGAAAGUGCCCGACAAGCUGUUCAACCUUUGGUGGAAAUUCUUAAUACUGGCUUGGAGAGGGAGCAGCAUGCUGCUAUUGCUGCAUUGGUUAGGUUGUUGAGUGAAAAUCCAUCAAAAGCCCUUGCUGUCGGAGAUGUUGAAAUGAAUGCAGUGGAUGUCCUUUGCAGGAUCCUUUCUUCAAAUUGCUCAAUGGAUCUGAAGGGGGAUGCUGCUGAGUUGUGUUAUGUUCUUUUUGGAAAUACGAGAAUCAGGUCUACAAUGGCUGCAGCUCGAUGUGUCGAGCCUUUGGUUUCUCUCCUUGUGACGGAGUUCAGUCCCGCUCAGCAUUCAGUUGUUCGUGCACUAGAUAGGCUCUUGGAUGAUGAGCAACUGGCAGAACUAGUUGCUGCCCAUGGUGCAGUUAUUCCUCUUGUUGGCCUCCUCUAUGGUAGGAAUUACAUGCUUCAUGAGGCUGUUUCCAAAGCUCUUGUGAAGUUAGGAAAAGAUAGGCCUGCUUGCAAGAUGGAAAUGGUAAAAGCUGGUGUGAUUGAGAGUGUGCUUGAUAUUCUCCAUGAAGCACCAGAUUUUCUCAGUGAUGCUUUUGCAGAAUUGCUCCGAAUAUUGACCAACAAUGCUACCAUUGCCAAGGGUCCAUCUGCAGCAAAAGUGGUUGAACCCCUUUUUCUGUUGCUAACCCGACCUGAAUUUGUAACCCAUGGACAGCAAAGCACAUUACAGGUUCUUGUUAAUAUUUUAGAGCAUCCACAGUGUCGUGCUGACUAUACUUUGACCUCUCACCAAGCUAUUGAACCACUUAUCCCCUUGUUAGAUUCUCCAUCUCCAGGUGUGCAACAGUUGGCUGCUGAACUUCUAUCACAUCUACUCCUGGAAGAACACCUUCAGAAGGAUUCAGUGACACAGCAAGUAAUUGGUCCAUUGAUACGAGUUCUUGGUUCAGGUGCACCCAUUUUGCAGCAGAGAGCUGUGAAGGCUCUUGUUAGUAUCUCACUAUCUUGGCCAAAUGAAAUUGCAAAAGAGGGUGGUGUUGUUGAGCUGUCCAAAGUGAUAUUGCAAGCUGAUCCUUUGCUUCCUCAUGCCUUGUGGGAGUCUGCCGCUUCUGUUUUAGCCAGUAUUUUGCAAUUCAGUUCUGAAUAUUAUUUGGAAGUACCUGUGGCUGUAUUGGUGAGGUUGCUUCGUUCUGGCUCUGAAACCACAGUAGUUGGUGCAUUAAAUGCUCUUCUGGUGUUGGAAAGUGAUGAUUCAACCAGUGCUGAAGCAAUGGCUGAAAGUGGUGCCAUAGAGGCUCUUUUGGAAAUUCUCAGAAGUCAUCAGUGUGAGGAAACUGCUGCCAGACUGCUGGAAGUAUUACUGAACAAUGUGAAGAUCAGAGAAUCAAAAGCUACUAAGUCUGCCAUCUUACCAUUAUCUCAGUACCUUUUGGAUCCUCAAACACAAGCUCAGCAGGCAAGAUUACUGGCAACUCUGGCUCUUGGUGAUUUAUUCCAGAAUGAGAGUCUUGCUCGAACAACAGAUGCUGUUUCAGCUUGCCGUGCUUUAGUGAAUGUGCUUGAAGACCAACCAACAGAAGAAAUGAAAGUGGUCGCUAUAUGUGCUUUGCAAAACCUUGUAAUGUGCAGUAGAUCAAAUAAAAGGGCAGUUGCAGAGGCUGGUGGUGUUCAGGUUGUUCUGGAUCUGAUAGGUUCAAGUGAUCCUGAUACCUCAGUUCAGGCUGCAAUGUUUGUUAAACUUCUCUUCUCCAACCACACUAUUCAAGAGUAUGCCUCAAGUGAAACAGUAAGAGCUAUCACUGCUGCUAUCGAAAAGGAUUUAUGGGCCACUGGAACUGUGAAUGAGGAGUAUCUGAAAGCCCUAAAUGCACUGUUUGGCAACUUUCCACGGUUGAGAGCCACUGAGCCUGCAACACUUAGUAUUCCCCAUCUGGUAACAUCUCUCAAAACUGGUUCGGAGGCAACGCAAGAAGCAGCAUUGGAUGCACUUUUUCUUCUCCGCCAAGCUUGGUCAGCAUGCCCAGCUGAAGUCUCUAGAGCUCAAUCAGUUGCUGCUGCAGAUGCCAUUCCCUUGCUGCAAUACUUGAUUCAGUCUGGCCCACCUCGAUUUCAGGAGAAGGCUGAAUUUCUUUUGCAGUGUUUGCCAGGGACAUUAUUAGUGACAAUCAAGCGUGGCAACAAUAUGAAGCAGUCUGUGGGAAAUCCAAGUGUCUUCUGCAAGCUUACACUUGCCAACACUCCAGCUAGGCAAACCAAGGUUGUAUCAACGGGUCCUAAUCCAGAGUGGGACGAGAGCUUUGCAUGGACCUUCGAAAGUCCUCCAAAAGGCCAGAAGCUAAAUAUCUCUUGCAAGAACAAGAGCAAAAUGGGAAAGAGCUCAUUCGGAAAAGUAACAAUCCAGAUCGACCGGGUUGUCAUGCUGGGAACUGUGGCGGGUGAGUACACUCUGUUGCCUGAAAGCAAAAGUGGGCCUUCCCGGAACCUGGAGAUAGAAUUCCAGUGGUCUAACAAGUAACAACCAUUCCUGAAACUAAAAUUACCACUCGGCUGCAACUUCAAUUGUAGGCAAAAAUGUGAUAAAAACCCCAGAAGGGUUGAAACAACCCAUCCUUAUUUGUUACUCUUUUUUUCCAUUUUUUUUUUUUUGGUUAUUUAUGUGUAAUGUGUCUAUGUAUAUAGAGCAUGGCAGAGAUUUUGAUUUUGUAGUGUUGUCCUACAGUCUUAAAAACCACUGAUUUGUUGUAUUCUUUUGUAACAUCAUCAUUUUCUAUAGUUCCCGUGGAUAUAUAUAUAAAUACCAUUUGGAUGGAAAAUUUAGCUUCCUCUGUAUUCUUUGUAAUGGUUUAUGUGUGUUCCUCAACUUUGAGAGGAAAAAAACAGUGAUAAUGAUGAGGUUACUAGUGGUUUUGGACUUCUCUUUA